UGGUGUGUUUCCUGUCAGUGUCAGCGGUUGUAUCUCUGAAGUUAACACCUGAGUGAGUCAGUAAUGAUUACUUCAGCAGCUUAAACUGUGCUUUAGUAAAACAGCGUCGGUUUAACCAUCACAGUCUGGCGCGUGACCUCUGAUUUUUGGAGUGAGCUCCGCGAGCAGGAGCCGCCGCUGACGAAGGCUUGUUUAGCUAAAAAGAGAAGCGUCACCGCCUGUUCGCACCAGACACCCAGGUCUCCAGCUGCAACCAGGGCACGGCCAUGGCUGCCCUCGGUAACUCGGGAACCACGAAYCUGGCCCCCAAGACGAAGACGAAAAAGAAGCACUUUGUGCAGCAGAAGGUGAAGGUGUUUCGAGCGAGCGAGCCGAUCCUGGGCGUCUUUAUAUGGGGCGUCAAUCACUCGGUUAAUGAUCUGAGCCAGGUGCCUGUUCCUGUCAUGCUGCUGCCUGAUGAUUUCAAAGCCAACACUAAGGUCAAAGUCAACAACCACCUCUUCAACAAAGAAAAUCUUCCAGGACACUUCAAAUUCAAAGAAUACUGUCCUCAGGUCUUCCGAAAUUUAAGAGAACGUUUUGGUAUUGAGGAUUUGGACUAUCAGGUGUCGUUGACACGCAGCCCCCCGAUGAGGAAUGCUGACAAUCAGGGAGAGGUUCUGCUCCUCAACUCCUACGACCGGACGCUGGUUAUAAAGCAGAUCUCCAGUGAAGACGUUGCAGACAUGCACAAUAUCCUGUCAGAAUAUCACCAGCACAUUGUGAAGUGUCAUGGCAGUACGCUGCUGCCCCAGUUUCUGGGAAUGUACCGGGUGAGCGUGGACAACGAGGAGACCUACCUGAUUGUUAUGAGGAACAUGUUCAGCCACAGACUGGUGGUCCACAGGAAAUAUGACCUGAAAGGUUCUCUGGUGGAUCGUGAAGCAAGCGACAAAGAGAGGGAAAAAGAGCUGCCAACCUUUAAGGACAUGGACUUCAGGAAUAACAUGCAGAGGGUUUAUGUAACUGAGGAGCAGAAGGAGAAGUUCAUGGAGAAACUCAACAGAGAUGUGGAGUUUCUCGUGAAGUUGAAGAUCAUGGACUACAGCCUCCUGCUUGGUAUCCACGACGUCAGUCGGGCCGAGCGCGAGGAAGAGGACGGCGGGGAGGUGUUGGAGGAGGAGGAGCCAGAGGCAGAGAACGGUCUGGCGCCGGKCCCUGCGGUGGGCUCUUAUGGCACCUCUCCUGAAGGAAUCGCUGGCUACAUGUCGAGCUGUAAGCCUCUGGGACCCGGAGAGUUCGAUCCAUACGUGGAUGUGUACGCACUGAAGAGCUGCCCAGGAGCCCCUCAGAGGGAGGUUUACUUCAUGGGCCUGAUAGACGUCCUGACGCAGUACGACACCAAGAAGAAAGCCGCUCACGCUGCCAAAACAGUCAAACACGGGGCUGGUGCUGAAAUAUCCACAGUUCACCCGGAGCAAUAUGCCAAACGCUUCCGUGACUUCAUCUCAAACAUUUUUGCAUAACUUUUAACAAACGCUGCCAGGAGUCAUUCCACCGGAGAGGCUUUGACCGUAGAACACCACUACACACACAGGGAUUAUUAUUAUUAUGAUUAUGAUUAUUAUUAUUUCAGCUGGCGAGGAGGCGGGGCUAACUGUAGCAGUAAACUUCAGCUCAUAUUUAUUUUUAAGAUUGAAACUAUAUUUCUAUAGGUAUUCAGCACACAGACAGAGGGAACUGAAGCAACGGUGUAUCUGGAAACAAACUGCUUGUGAUCAGUGUUGACUUUAAAUCAUGUCAGUGAAUCAGAAUUUAUCAUGUUUUUUUUUUUAUCUUUCUUGCACACGUUUAUUUUUAUUUUUUUCUCAGGAUGGUCCAGACGUAACAAACCUGAGUUUAGGUUUAAACUGAUCAGUUUUCACAUGAAUCGUUCCAGCUCACUUCAUCACAACAUAUUUCUGUAAAAAUAAUAGAAAUAGAAGCAUAAGUCAGUGUAUUACUCUUUACUGUGCUUUUUCCUUUAAGUAGAUGAUGUAAUGUUUAUGUGAUGUUUGGCUGGUGGUGGGUAAAGAUACCGAUUUUCAGUUCUUGUACAGCUCUGACCUGCCAACUUUAACUUCUACCUAAAAACUCUAAAAACAGAAUAUUUAUAGAAAACAUUCCUCAGGCUUGUUUUGUUCAGAGAUAUUAAAUAUGGAUUAAACUGCUGCUCAACACAAUGUUUAUAAAAACAUUUAGUGAUAUUUAUGCAGAUGGCUGCAGAAACAUUACGCUUUUAGUUGUAAAGAAUGUUGGGACACUAAAGUUAAAAAAAUAACCGAAUGCACUCAAUUUACCGGUAAGUUAAUUUUUCCUGUUGAACAGCCUGAUUACAGAAUAAAUAAAGUCAUAAUUAAAUUUUCAGUUUCUCCAAAGCUGCUGAGCUGCUUUUAUUUCCAUCCCUGGAAAUAUAGAAAUUAUAGCCUCCAGAUUAUUACAAUUAUUAAAUUAUUACAGAUCUGCUUUAUCAAACAGAUUCUACUUGUUUUUUAUUUUUCGAAUCUAUGCACGCAUCAAAACAAACAUCACAUGAAAUCGUUUUUCCUAAAAGAUCUCCAUUUAAAAUCCUUAGCAGCUUUGCUUAAAGUCAUUAUUUGGAAGAAACUGAACUGUUAUUUAGAAUAAAAUGAAGAAUUAUUAUAAUUUCAGAGCCUUUURCUGUGAAUGAUCAUUAAUGAGGGAUGAAAUGUCUCCAGUAAAGUAAAUAUUUAAAUAAAACACAUUGAUCAGCGCAAAAAACACCUGCCUGGAUAGAGAUAAUGAAGCUGCUCCGUUACCCUUAARUGUCCGAAAUUAAAGAGAAAAUGUCCAGAUUUUGGGGACGAUUCUGUUCUGUAGAGACGAGCCAGACCACAAAUACAACCCCACUUUGUGGCUUCAGCUUCAGGCUGCUGCUCCAGUCUCUAGUUCAGUUAUAUGUUAAUGACUUCAGCUCAGCUGUGGUGCAUUCACUGAUUGGUAAAAUAUAGGAUUUUUGAGCGUUUGACCUUCGGAUUGUUUGAAUAAGGAGCUGAAAACCAGACUGUCAGUUCCACGGUGCGUCACCAGUGGGGUGUGGCUGGAGCAAAAAUCUUCAUUUUAUCACAGUUAAAAAAAGACUUCAUCCUGUUUUAAAACUUUCAAACUAAAGAUCUUUUUAAGAAGUUCAUUUCAGGUGGAUUUAGUUCAGAUCAGAGUCGGGUGGUUUCCACAUCUCCAGUCUUUGUGAUCAGAUAAUCAUUUAUUCAACAGGCUUGUUCUGCUGACACUAAAUAUAAAUGUGGAGAGCAGCUUCCUCUGAGCAGAAUGUGCCUCACAUUCAUUAGUCUGCUGUGACAGGUUGAAUCAAACACCUGCUGGUUGAACAUUUGUGGUCUGUGUGCACUCAGACUCAUUCUGAUACAAUUUAUGAUAUAUUAGUUGAACUUAGCAAAUGUAGCAUAAAGCUAGCUAGCAUUAGGAGGACGAGGAGCGUGUUAAACUUUAUUAACGUUCAGCAGGUGAGAGAAUACUGACMGGGAAGUGUUGAUGCUUUCUGUAUGAUGCCUCAUCCUUGUUCUAGUUUUUCAAAUCAACUUUUGGACCAAAAUAUAUUUUACAAACCUUUUCUGGAACUUGUUUGACUUGUUUUCUGUAAUGUGUGCGUGAGCAGACCUGAGGACUGGUGUGUCAGUGUUUCACUCUCUACAAUCCUUUUUUCCYCACUACAUUUGUCCUAAAAAUACCUCAGCUUUAUAGAAACUGUCGUUUCAUGAGGCCCUGAGAUUAAACCUGGGUGAUUUUA